UUCAUUCAUUCAUUCAAUGCAGUUCUGAUUACAAUACUCAGUUGUUGCACAAUUUAAUAUUAUGACCCACUGUUUAUAACAAUAUAUUUAUAUAUUGUAUAUAUUGCAAACAUAGGCGCCUAACAUGGGUGUGCAGUGCUGGAAUAGGAUAUGAUGCCUUGUCUGUAUAUUGUAGGUCUAUCUAGUAACAAAUCAGUGAUGUUGCAAUAAUUAAACCGGUAACAUUCAAUACGGCCUAAACAGCAACAUGGUAUUCUAAAAGACUCGGUCCUAUGAAUGCAAAUUCCCCUUAAAUUUCCUGGUCAUUGUUUAAACAAUAGCCCACUAUGCUUGUGGAGAUGCAGUAAAUGUGAUGAUGGUGCAAGUUUUGUUGUUUCCUGGAUUGAUGGGCGACUAGUCAACUGGUAAUUUAGUUAAAGAAAAGUGUAUACGUAGAUUAUAGGAAAGGGGGUGUAGUUGUUAUAGUGUAUCAGAUAUAUAUUACUUUACCUAUUGUAUAUCUGUUUUGUUAGGGUACAAUACAGUUCUCUUUUAUUAUUACAUAUUAUUUCAGUGCUUGCACAACAUAAAUGCCUACGGAAGUUCAUAGCAAAAAAAAUUAUAUGUACAUGUGUUACACAUGAUGUGUAGAUGCAACUAUUUAAAAAAUUAAAGACCUGCUAAGACUUUAAUACGAUACAGUUUAGACUUUAGAAUUGCGCUACAGUUGAAAUUGACCCAAAUCAGCAGCUUGUAUAAGACAGUAAUAUGUAAUAAAUUGGUUAGGCUGCACUGUUAUUGUACCAUACACUAUUAUUUGUAUCUUUCAGUGUUUUUAGUUCACAGUUUAAGGAAGUUUAAGCGCUCUUCAGUAACUUAACAUGACAAAUAAUAAACAUCAAGGAGAUAAUUGUUAUGCAAGCAUUGAUGGAGGUUUGGGUAAACUUUAUUAUCACAAGCAAAUGUUAAGUUUUCAAGAAGCACAGAAUCACUGUAGGAGAGUGGAUCAUUCACAACUGGCAAUCAUGAAGGACAAUGCUACAUUAUUUGACGUGGUUGCUUCUGUGGAAAGAUAUAGAGCACAUAGUACUACAAAUACGUGUUUUGAACAUUACUUCUGGGUUGGUUUGAGCAAAGAUGGUUACAAAUACAAAUGGUUAGAUGGUAAUGAGUUGGAUGAAUCUAUGAAGAUUGAAUUUACUGAAGACCCUGGAAAGACCUGCGUUUCAAUGUUGUUGAGUGGGGGAACACCACCACGCUGGAUAGCACAAGAUUGUUUAACUCAGUUAGCUUACUUGUGCUACACACCUUACACACCAGUGACCACCACCUUGCCCCCCAGCCCGACACAGCGCAUGCUCACCAGCUCCACACAGCGCAUGACCACCAGCUCCACACAGCCAAUGGUCACCAGCCCGACACAGCGCAUGACCACCAAUUCGAGACCAUGGAUGCGAGACAACUCAACCAUUUUAGCCGAAUCAACACCUACACCUCCCUCACCCCAAUCUGUUUCGCCAGUGAUAAUCGGUGCAAUCUCGGCAGGAAUAUUCGCAUUAUUGCUCGCACUUAUCCUGGCGGUGUGUUUAUACACGAGGCGCAAGAAGAGCAAACGGGAGCAAAAUCUCGCCCAAAAUCCUGAGGUAAACAUGGGUGUUAACCACAAUCCAGUGUAUGAAGAAUCUGCGCAAGAACAAAUCAAUACUAUAUACAACAUGGACAUGGAGUCACCCCUGCAGCCCGAUUAUGCUUUAAUCACCUUGCAACCUCAAGCAUCUGGUUCUAAUGAUGUCACCGCUCCAAACGAUGAUGUCACUGCUCCAAACGAUGAUGUCACCCCUGGUCCAAAUAUUGAUGCGGGCCCGUCUCAAAAAAAUGUUGCCUCGUCUCCUCCAAACGCAAUAUACGCUGCUGUGAACAAAAACAAACAAGCAAACGAUGUUUACAGCGUCGUCAACAAAAAGAAAUAACUAACUGUUCCUUUAUAUUAAUGGUUAGCUCAGUGAUUUUACAGCAUAGCUGGCAGUAUGAGCAUCAAACUUUUAUAAAUACAGACGUGGCAGUAAAAUCUAUACCAACAACUCCAUGAACAAAUUUUGCGGCAUCGGGUUUAAAGUUUAUUGAAUAUUUAAAUAAAUCACUAGAGAAAAUUCCAGGGUUGGCGUACCUACCUUGCCACCCCAGGUUUGGUGCCUAUGGGUGGCGGUUCUAAAGCAGGCAGCCUUUUCACUUAGUAUUAGUGGUUCGCAAAUCUCUUGACUCUAAAAAUUGUUUUUUUCAGUAAUUUGUGUAAAACCCUAGUUUUAAAAUAUGGUCACCAAGUUUUAUUACAGCUUAAUAUAUUAUAUUGGGUGUUGUCAAAACAGAAUGAAUUAAACUUUAUGUUAAUCUAAAUCAACGCCCUAAUUUUAGUUUGAAUAUAAAGGCAAAGCUUAAAUUUCCCUUCAAACAAUAUUUUUACAUAGUUAUUUGUUGUAAGUGAAACUAAAUUUAUAGCAUUAUCAGGAACAAACAAUGGCACCUAACACUUCCUUGUAUAUAUUAUGAGUUUAGCAUGAUGUAACACUGUAUUGUUAACUUUGUAAAAUAACCCAAGUUCCUUUUGCU